GAAAAACUAGCCAAGUAACACACGCAUUUCGAAUAUCAUAGGUCAUUUAAAGUGAUCGCGACUUAACCAUGGGUGCUAAAGAGAGUGUGGAAGCUGCUAAAUUUUCAUCGCAAAAUUGGAAUAACUUCGAGCAUGGAGGGGUAAAGCAUCAUCAUAGACACGGAACGCAGCGUUCGCAGAGUCUCAACCGCGGACACUCUUUGUCGCGGUCAGAUGCCACCUGGUGACAUCACGGGACCACGGGCAGCGUAGUCCAGUGCGCCGAGUGCGGGGCGCGCACGAUGGGUAACAAGCUGUCGUGUUCGUGCGCUCCCAUCCUCCGCAAGGCGUACCGCUACGAGGACAGCCCGUGGCAGAACUCCCGCCGCAGAGAUGGCCAUCUGUUGAGAUUAUGGGCAGAAGUAUUCCACGUGUCCGCCAGUGGAGCGGGCACGGUUAAAUGGCAACAAGUAUCUGAAGACCUCGUGCCCGUCAACAUCACCUGCAUCCAGGACUCUCCUGAAUGCGUUUUCCACAUCACUGCUUACAACUCUCAAGUCGACAAGAUCCUUGAUGUUAGACUAUUGCAACCUGGCACUCGCAUCGGCCAGGCUUCUGAAUGCUUCGUGUAUUGGAAAGAUCCCAUGACUAAUGAUACUUGGGGUCUGAACUUUACUUCACCAAUUGAUGCCAAGCAGUUCAGGGAAUGCUGCUCACCCUCAUUCAAGUUUUCGCGAAAAGCAUCUUCAAGCUACAGCCUGAAGCUAGAGCCUCCAGGGAGCAAGCAAAAGUUCAAAACUAAACGAAAGCCUGUAUCUACACCUGCUAGUCCAAAUCGAUCAAGCUUGACCUAUGGCCGUGAACCGCAGUGUACCUGCAUGACUCAAGAACAGUAUGCGCGAUUGAGAGCUCAAGACCCACGUUAUCGCUCCUCUACCUUACCGCGUACCACAACCCGCGCUAUAGACGCGGAGGCGGGAGCGGGAGCGGCCGCGGGUGCUGCGGCGGUGGGACGAGCGGAUAAGGUCGCAGCAGCAACUUCCUCAACGUCCCUCUACGACAAUGUUACCAGCGCGCAGCCAUCGGCACAGCAGCCGCCUAAGCCGGCUGCACGCCAGACUGAAUCUCAACCUCCCGCUCGUCCUCCUAAAUCUCAGGAGACUUCCACCAUGACUACCAACACCUCAACAGCUCCGAAAACAGUCACUGCGUCCGUUGGCACCCAUGGAACAAGUACUGCUGAAGACACCACUCAAGUAUCAAGUGCUGGCACUAACCAGCAUGGCCAAGACUUGAAAUCAGAAGGUGUUCAGGCUGGAGGAACGCUUACGGCAUCCAAAUCUUCUGCUACUUCCACUCGUUCUGGCAAGGAGCACCUGCAGCAUAUGCCCAAGAGCAUUGACUACGGAGACGGCAAUGAAUCGGCCCGCGAAUCUGAUCGUCACAUGCACAACCACAACGUAAUGAACAACAAUACGUCGGGGUCGAGACGCACAAAGUCUAAGAGUACAGAAGACAUGAAUAUGGAUUCAAACACUCUGAAACGGAUGUUGAAGCCGAUGCCAUCAACUGAGAGUCCUAUCACGUCACCAGAGAUGGGUCGUCGUCGGUACGCCGGCUGCCCCCCCUCCUGCUCCCACUCCCACCGCCACCACCCCCACCCCCCUCACCCCCACUACUCUCACAUCAUCAAUAAUAACAGCAGGCAGUCCUCCCAGCGGUAUUCGUCUGCUAGUCGUGGCGUUGGAGUAGGAGCAGCACCAAGUGGCUACCCUGGACGUGGACUCUACCUGGAGCUGGGUGGUGGAGGAGAACGGGACAUAUCACCACCGUCUGACAACGUAAUGUUCGACAACCACUGCUAUGCGACUACACCAUCAUCGUCGAACGGAAACUCAGAUCAGGAGCAUUGUCAGCGAAGAGACCCAAGGCAGCAUCACCAUAAUAUGAAGCCUUGCCUAUCACGCCAAGCAUCACAGCAGAGUGCGACGCCAGCUCCUGGGUCCCCAACAUCUCGUUUGCUCCUGGAAUAUGAGAUGCAUCUGAGGAACACCCUGGCCAAGGGCAUGGAUGCUGAAAGUUACAGCCUGCAUACUUUUGAAGCCCUUCUCAGUCAGAGCAUGGAGGACUUGGAAUACAACGACAAUUUGCCGCCGUCAACGCAGCGAAGUCCAUAUCCACCAAGGAGACGCCCAGCUUCCCAAUGUUCAGGCGGAGGAAGUCGUUCCUCAACAUUACCUCUUCCUCAUAGACUUGGAGUUGAGAGGCAGCACAGCGCCAGAUCUGACCGAGAUGGAUAUUACAGCGAUCGCAACGAAUUAAUAAGAGAAAGAGAAAGAGAGAGGGAACGCGAGAGAGGGUACCUGAGCGAUCACAACACAAGAGAUCGUGUGCGGGAUCGUGACCAAGGCUACUUGAGCGAUCAUCAGUCAAGUUUCGUAAGUGCAUCACGCUGUGCAUCUUGCAUCGGAGAGUCAGCUCGUGCAUCCUGGUACCGCCACUCUGACGGCUGGCGAGGAUCUCAACCUCCAGGUCCUCGCCGGUCCCCGUGGGACUCUCUACCCAGCCUGCGUAACGAAGGUAGUCUCAAUGACUCAGGAUAUAGAAGCAAUCGCGCUGAUAGCUUGGAGCAACGCGGUGUUUUCGAUCGCCAGGAUAGCGUCCGCUCAGAAUACACAAGUGACAGAGAAUCAACGCGCUAUGGUAUUGUGCAGCAGGCCUCAAUUGACAGCACGGACUCCAGAAUAUGCUACUUGACAUCUAGUGAGAUUUCUGACGAUGAUCGCAUGUCACUGACGACUGCCGUGUCGGAUGAAGAGGACCCUGGGGAAAGCGCGAUGAACUCACCGUACAAAGGGAAACAAACAGGGGCUGCUGCAGCCUCCUUCAACUGCACUGGUGCUGUAAGGAAAGCUGGGUUCCUAAGCGUUAAGAAAUGGUUGCUCCGCAAGAAACACCAGAUUGAACUAGCUCGCAAGCGAGGCUGGAAGGGUUACUGGGUGUGUCUGAAGGGCACCACACUGCUGUUCUACCCUUGCGACUCUCGAGAGGGUCGCUCAGUGGAAGCGGCACCUAAACACCUCAUUAUAGUCGAUGGAGCCAUCAUGCAACCAAUACCGGAACAUCCGAAACGCGAUCACAUAUUCUGUUUGAGCACCGCAUUUGGCGACGCAUAUCUCUUCCAAGCUCCAUGCCAGGUGGAGCUCGAAAACUGGGUGAAUAGCAUUCAUAGUGCUUGCGCUGCCGCAUUUGCGCGACACCGCGGUAAGACCGGGACACUCCAUUUACUGCAAGAGGAAAUUUACCGACUCGAGAAAGCGAUAGAAUCCGAUCACAAGCUGAGACACAUGGCGGAUCUUCAGCAGUCGGUGGUAUCUGACCCGGAAACCAGAGCUCAGCUGGCCGUGCAGAUGUUACAAUGGGAGGAGAAUCUUGAGCGGCUUCACUGUGAACAGUUCCGACUGAGAUGCUACAUGGCUAGUCUACAAAGCGGCGAGUUACCGAACCCCAAGUCGCUGUUAACCCACGUGUCUCGCGGCACUAAAAGUACUCUCAACAAGCUGGGCGUGUUCACCGUGUCUUCGUUCCACGCGUUCAUCUGCGCUCGGUCGCCGUCGUUGCUCAACAACCUGCUGGCAGGAAGAGGUGCCACGAAGAGACGAGCGCCCAAUCUGUCAAGAUCCAACUCUGGAUCCAGUCGACGAUCGAUGCAGAUGUCUCGCGAGGAUGGUGAAGCAGCAGUUCGUGUUAGUCUGCCUGAAGGUACCACAGCUACAGUGGGUGUUCGUGACGGCAUGUCUGUAGAAGAGUUCCUCGCGUCUGCGUGCGUCCGAAGAUCUCUCAACCCACUUGAACAUUUCGUCAGAGUCAAGAAGCGCCGGGACAUGGAAGACCACAAUUACUUUGUGCCGCACCGUUCUGAUCUCAUUGAGACAUAUCUGCAUACACAUGAAGUGGUGGAAGUUUGUGCGAAGAUCCUGUACCAAGUAGAGCUUCAGCGCACCACGUUGGAACAAAUGUGGGGCUUCAGUGUGGAGGCUGAGCUAAUUGAGAACACAGAGAGACAAGACGAGCUGUGUUGCUACGUGAGCAGGGUCGAGGAUAAAAGCGUUGCUAUGCAGAAUGGUAUCAUCAAAGGCGAUGAGAUUAUGGUGAUCAACGGAGCGAUCGUAUCCGACCUGGAUAUGAUGUACUUGGAGAGCGUGCUGCAGGAAGAACUGUCUCUGGUCAUGAUGAUGAGGUCGUCCCGCACCGAGCCCCCGGAGCUGAGCGGCGUCAUGCGCGCGGCCACCGAUGACAUCAUCGACUCGCUGGUGUGCCCGCCGCCUCCCACGGAGCCCCCUGUCAUCUCCGACGACAUGAUCUCCGGACUCAUCGUGCCCGCGCCCGCUUGGAGCAAGGAGUUGUAUAGCCCGGAGGCCGAAGGUCACGCAGAAAACUCAAGCGGCCCCCCGAAAGUCAGUUCUCGAACAAACUCAUUCGAGAUCGAGAACCUUCUCAAGAGUGCCGAGCAGGUGACCGGCUGGUGUCGCUCGCCCGCCGACACUCGUCGCGCCAGCCCCACGGGCAGUAGCGCCGCCGUCACGCCCUCGCGACACCUGUCCGACGCCGACAAGCUGAGGAAGGUGCUGAUGGAGCUCGUCGACACCGAGCGCGCCUACGUCAAGCACCUCAAUAAUUUGCUGGAAAACUAUUUGGAGCCGCUGAAAAGAGAAACUUUCUUAUCGAACGCUGAGAUUAACGCGUUGUUUGGCAACAUUCAGGAGAUAGUAACUUUCCAAAGACAAUUCUUGCAAAACUUGGAGGAAGCGCUCGAAGCCGAGCCCAACUUCAAUCAUUUUGAAUUUUUAAAUCAAUUCAAGAAUGUUCUCUUCGCAGUUGGAAGCGCGUUUCUUUAUUAUGUAAAUCAUUUCAAAUUAUAUAGCUCGUUUUGCGCUAGUCACAGCAAGGCACAGAAAGUUCUACAUCCAAAUGAAGGCAAUCAUGCGUUACAAGAAUUCCUUGCGGCUCGUAACCCGAAGCAACAACACUCGUCAACUUUGGAAUCGUAUUUAAUUAAACCAAUUCAACGAAUACUGAAGUACCCGCUGCUGUUACAACAACUCCGAAAUUUGACUGACGUCAAUUCCGAGGAACAUUUACAUUUAGUCGAAGCAUUAAAGGGGAUGGAAAAAGUUGCCGAACAUAUAAAUGAAAUGCAACGAAUACAUGAAGAAUAUGGUGCGAUAUUCGAUCAUUUGUUUAGGCAACACCAGAAGUCUUGCAAACAGCCAAUCGAUUUAAGUCCUGGUGAUUUAUUAUAUUACGGUGGUGUGGAAUGGUUGAAUAUAUCAGACUUUUUAGGUAAAAUAAAGAAAGGACUGGAGCUUCACGCUAUGUGUUUUGUGUUUAAAUCUGCCGUUGUCUUCCUGUGUAAAGAAAGACUGAGACAAAAGAAGAAGUUGAUGGGUGUAUCUUCUAAGAACAAUUCAAACGAAGUAGAAAUAAUAAGGUAUCAAGUGUUGAUACCAGUAACUGAAGUCCAGGUGCGGGCUUCGUCAGCGAAAGACAUGGACAGCCACUUCCUGUGGGAGCUUAUUCAUCUCCGAAGCCAACUGCAAAGACGCUCGGAGAAAGUCUACGUUUUAUCUAACAGUACCGCAGACUUCCGCAAUGCUUUCCUGAAGACAAUUCGCCAGAUAAUUCGCGAGUCUGUGCGCAACAUGUCUCUACCGAGCACUCGGCCAGCUCCCACCCCGCCGCGGCCACCUCACCAUACUCUGGACAGACAUAAACCACAGGUGCAAGUGAUGCAAGGUUCUCAGACUCUGGGAAAAACAAAGAAACCCAAAACAUCCGGACAACGAUUAUCUGCAGGAAAUAUUGAGGUUGGCGAUUUAUCCCGUGAAAACUCUCAAGAUGCCGAAGAGCCACCUCAUAUCAUAACAAUGGAUGAAGCAUUUAGAAUCAGGAGUAAAGCCUCUACUGAAACUUCUGGAGCAGACGUGAGUACCAAACGUGCGCCCACUACUGACACUGAUAAAUCGAAGGCUGGAUCAAAAUCUGAAGGAGAGGAAGAACCGCCACAGCCUCCUGCCAAGCGAGGGUUAGGACGCACUCCCAACCACCUCACACUCAGCACAACUUCAACACUAAGUGCAGGAAGUACGGGAAGUCAAGCAAGGCUUAUCCAGUCAUCACAUCAGCCCACUCAAUAUCAACCAGCGAUGGUAAAAGAACUAGGUAAGCAAGAAUCCCAAUCACUUAAAUCAUCCCCCGAACGAAAGGGUUCUUCCGAAGCCAGAAUAAAAGUCAUCCGCUCAGGCAGUGGCAGUAACAUUCACCGCGACCGAUCUCCGAAUCGAUCCAGUAACCACACCUCUCCCGAUAGAGACCGUGUCACCAAAGUAAUUAUUUGUAAAUCUCCAAAUAAAUCCAGUCUCAAACAAACCAAAUCCUUCUCUCGAUCCCCCCAAAGCAGCUUCGAUCAAUCAAAAUCACCGACCAUCGAUAAAUCGCGGUCACCGCAACAAAGCUUCGAUGGAUCGAGAUCUCCUCGAGGAAGUAUUAUGAAAUCGCGAGAGAAUAGCAUCGACAGAUCUAAGUCACCCAAACCCGCCCCGAAGAAAGGAAUUAUGCGCACACCUCAAGCGAGUUUUGAUCGAUCACCAAAUAAGUCACCAAAUGUCAGUCGUCGAUCAUCAAAGUCGAACGGUGAAAAGCUUGCUAGACUGGGUACAAAUUCCUUGGAUAGAAUCACACAUUAUUCGCAACUUGCAAAAGCGGAGGACAAGGCGAUGAAGAUGGGUAUAGUAGUGUCGAAAUCUACCGAAUCUAUAUCGAAGUGUAUCGAGCAUCCGACGUGCGUUGAAUGCUAUUUGUCUGGGAAGAAACAAAGUCGGACUUCCUAGCAUAAGGCGAAGGGCAAGUUCCCUAGAUCUCGUCGAAAGUCAAUGACACCUCAGUCUAUCCUGACGUCAUCGGAUCGCAGCAGCGUGGAGACUUUAGAGGACAUUGCACACGAGCGUGGAUAUUGCCCUUCAGGAAGACAAAACAGAAGAAACGAUUUCGAUCAAAUACACGUUUAGUUUGGAUAGCUUAUACCUACACAGUCACGGAAUGAAGAGUUUUAUGAGCUGUUUUUUUAACGUUUCCAACUCUGUGGUUACUAUUACAAUUAAUGUGUAGUUUUGAAUAAAUUUGAUUCCGAAUUUCCUAAUUAAAAUUUGCUUGAUUUUUUAUUGCAACAUUACUUCUUUAUUCAUUCUGAAUUUUAUAUUGUUGCAAGCAAAGCAUAUUCAUUCCCUGACUGUACAGAUUGUUUUAUGAUUAGAUUAUUUUCCUAUGGUGGGACUGGGUCAACAUCUGUUAAAACAAUGCUAUAAGUAUUCUCUCUUUGACUGGAAUAUGGAAUUGAUUAGACGCGUAUUUAUGUAUUUGUAGUUAUUUAUUAUAAAUUUGUAAAUUUUGAGUGUAAUAUUGAUUGAAUCACCAAUAUUAAUUAUCAAAUUAUUGACGGUAGUUUAGACACCAGAUCUUUAUUAUAAUUCAAAAUUUUAAGAACCCUACAAAUAAACAAAUAAAAUAUGAAAAACAAAAUUUUAUGAACGAUGCGGGAUUUUAACCCACGAUACUCCGGCGUUCCGUGCCGGUGCUCUAACUAACUGAGCUAACCGUUCGAGUACCGCAUCGAUAUAAAAUUCUGUUUGCUUUGUUCAACUCUCAGCAUCCCGAAUCCCGCAUCCUUCAUAAAAUUUUGUUUUUCAAAUUUUAUUUGUGUAUUAAUCCUAGAAGUGAGGGUUAUCACUUUAAAAACAUAACCUACAAAUAAAGUACUAACAUCAAAUAAUUGAAGAGUAACAGUGACAAGAGAUAGUUAAAUAUCUGUAUUAAAUGAUAUUUGUAUAACCCUUGUUAAGAAGACAAACAAGAUAUAUACGUAACCUACGUAUACUUUAUGGAUUCGAAACUAAUCCUUAUAUAUAUUUCCAAUCGCAUGCUCAAUAGCGACAAUGUCAAAAAUACGAGCAGUAACGAAGUCGCCAAUGCUUCUACGAAAGCAGACGUUAUUUAAUAAUUUAUCAUAAGACACACCAUUUUUCCAAUCGCGAAGCAGAAAUAAUUUCGGUCAUUGGCCUAUCAGUUAUGCUAACACAAAGGAUGGAUAUGGCACUAAGGUCAAUUUCCAAAAUUUCUUCUCCUCAGCGACUGCACUUUAUAUGUAGAGGAUAUGAUAAGAGAUAAUGUUAAUCUACUCGUACCUAGAAUCCAAGUGCUAAGUGUUAUAAUAUAAAUGGCUGUGGAAUCGAACUGAUGUUUAUAUCCUUAAUCAAUUAUUAUUGUAUGCACGACAUAUUCAUCGACUCAACUCACAAUUCACAAUAAAUUUUCAGUAGUACCAUAAUUAAAAUAGAAAAACGAAAGGCAAACUGUACAGAUUAGUAAAACGUGCAAUAGCUGGAAUGAAAUAUUUACCAACUUUUGGGUUUUAGCUUUGUUGAGAAGUGUUGACAUACUUUGUACAAUCUGUACAACACUGAUCACACAGAAACAUGUAGGAUAAUAAACAUUAUCAUAAUAAUCAUCACCUCAUCUCAUUGAGUGUCUGUAGUGUAGUACCUAAUACGUACUUUUGUCUAUUAUUACUAAUUCUGUAUGUGGUCAAAACUUUAAACCAUUAUGAUUAUGUCUUCCAUUUCUUAAAUAUUAAUAUAAUAAUUAUUUACUGUAUAAUUUAUUCUAUUACGCCUGCUCAAAUUAGUGUUAAGUUGAUUAUUGUUAAUAAUUUAAAUUCGCACUGGUGUAUUCAGAUAAAAAGGUGUUAUUAGGGCUUAAGGGAAAAUGUUUAUUAAAAUUAAAGGUCAAACCGCACUUAUACACAUCGCGUCAGUCGAUCGACACACAUUGCAAUACGCCUGGCAAGAAAAAUAAUGAUUCAUCGAAAUAAUUUAUAAUAUUUAGUCUCUUUGAGUUAAAGUACUUAAAUUCAUCUAAUAGAAAUACGUAUAUUCAUUUACCACAUGGAGUGAAAAUAACAUAACAUAUUGCAAUAACAAUUGGUAACCGUUAGAAGUUACAUCAGUUCAUAAAGGAUGAAAGGGAGAAGAACUGAACAGUAAGUUUCUUUGCAGUCAUCAUAUAAUAACAAAAUGGCUUAACCUACUUACUAUAAUACUAUACAAAUUGAGGUGGCCUGCGUAUAACUAGUGGUGAGUAAAUAUCUUGUACAAUUAAUCUAGGUUGUAAAAAGAGCCUUUUUACUUUAGAAGCAACACCAAAGACGAGUUUAUUUUAUCUGGAACUGAAAAAAAACUUGGUGGAGUAUAUAUUUAGGAAAAGAAAUAAUGUCAACCAAUCUAGUCAAUUGAAUUUUUAUUAUAAAACUCUGUGUAGCUGCGGGCCGUUUAAGUGUGGUUUAACCUUAAGUUCUUCAAUCCCUUCAAAACCAUCGCUGAAAUAGAUAUAUCAUCGACAUAUUUGCAAGAAUGCAGUUGCUUCAUUUCGUCCCAGAGAUAUACGAAUGCAAAAUUUAAAUGUAUCUACAAAAACAUGUACAUCGCCAGAGUCGUCAAUCCGAUGUCUUCUAAUCUCCUUGCAUUAUAAUUAUUAUAUUAAAACAUAUUAAGUUAUAAUAAAGCAUAUUCUUUUACCUCAAUUCUCAUUUUAUCUGCUUUCGCCAGUGUGUGACCACAAUCUACUUCAACGUACUCAUUGUUAAAAUUAUUUUUUAAAGAUAGACCUUUAUAAUAUGUCGUAUUUAUUUUUCAAGAUAUAUAUAUUUUUUAACCUUUUAAUUUGAAUUUUAGAUAACACAAAAACAUCAAAAAAAAAUAUAAAAAAAACAAUAAUCUAUAAAAAAUAGUAGAUAGAUCUCGAUAUAACUAUAAUUAUACAAAAAUUAUGCAUGCUAUAUUGCAAUUAAUCUUAAUUAUCAAUUUAAUGUUAAUGUUGUGCUAAACUACAUAAUAUAUAAUAUGAUAUGAUAUAUAAUUCCAACUGUAGUGAAAUAAUUUUAGCAAAGUAUGCGUAGCCCUUGCAAGUGUAGCCGUUAGCAAAAGCACAAAUUAAUUUCCUCUUGAAAUUGCACUAGUGAUAUUAUAAAUGUACUUAUAUUCCGUGCUUUAAAAUAUAAAGCUGAUGCUAAUUAAUACAACACAAUAUAUUACUAAUAUAAUAUUCUUUGUUGGCUUUUGUAAUCGAUCUUCCCAAAAGUUUUAUUUGCAAUGCUGAACUCACCAAGAAAAUUAUUGAAUAUAAGUUAUAAUAUUCAGCUUAUCUCAUUUAUUCCUCUAGAUAGACUGUGACAGCUGUGAAAACGUCGAAAAAUAUUGAGUUUAGAAUUAACCUCUAUUUUCAGCAAUGCACAUACACUAACAAAAAGUGUCAUACAAAUCGCGAGUGUAAGACGUAGCUUGUCACGCACACUUAACUAAUAUCCCUGGCCUGUUUUUACCGGUUGUCUAACAGCAAGAGACUAUCUAGACGUAUAAAUUAUCUAUGAUAUUAAGCUUAAAUAUGACGUUUUGUUGGAAGAUCGAAUAUUGAAGUCUUUUCUUAGUUAUUGCGUAUUUUUCAACAUACGUAAUGAAUUGAAAUUAUAUUGAUAUUAUGAAAAUUUGAAUGUUCGAUGAUAAUGUUGACUUAACUAAUAUGAACACUUGCAAUCUAUAGCUGUGUUUCUUUUUUAACUUACAAGCGCUUAAAGACCGAGGCUUAAUCGGCAAAAAUAUUACAGUAAGGCGGUGGUAAAUCUACCCGGAAUUAAUUAUAUCGCAGUUCCUUUUAUAUUUAUCUGUCAACAAGGAUUACUUCUACUGUGAUGGCAAACCAGGUGUUCGAAUAGUUUUAAUACAUUUGGUUGGUUUUAAAAUAUUUCAAUUUUUCUUAAACUUUCGCGAUUGAUUCAGAACGGUUAGCCAACACAGCAUUGACAACAUUCAUCAAACAUUCAACUCUUUUCGCGGUGUUGCAAAUCCCUGGAUACAGUGUUGUGAUUCUAAAUUAAUAGUUUACAAAUGAACUCAUUGAGUGGACAGUAAAAGAGUUCGGUGUUUGGUGUGUUGUAGGAUCGCCGGUGUGGAAACCGCGUGAGGUAUCGGGAGAGACGGGGGUAGGGGGCAGUGGGACGAUCCUGCCGACGGCGGCGCCUUCCGCGCCCACCACGCUGCCCCGGUCUCAGAGACCGGCUCCCCGGGCCUCGCAUCUGUCCG